AAUUGUUGCGGUUCGCUGCCUGUUUACUUUAAGCGCACAUACAUAUACAUAUAAAUAUUGUCUACAGUACAUAUUAAGUUUAGCUAUAAGAGAAAAAGUCUCCACUCUCUAUUAUUUGUAAUCGCUUGUUAGACUUCUGAGCUCCCUACAUUGUAAAUUAGAUACAUACAUAUGAUCGAACUGUUAUUCGCUAAUUCGUAAGCACACUUAAAUGCAGUUGCUAUUUUAUGUACAUACAUAUUUAACUCGUCCUUUGUUAGUGUAUUUUGUUUGGUCAUUUGUUAGGAAAUCGCGUUACAUCUGUUCACUUCACUUUCCUGGCUGCCCAAUUUGUACGGUAAAUACAAUUUGCGUACAAGUGUAUAAAAACAGAUGUAUACACAAAACUUUACGUUUAGUUGCCGAUCAGCGAAGGAAGUGGAAGAUGUACUGCGAAAUAAACGGAACCUUUUAAAAUACAACUUAUUUGGUUCUUGUUAAAUUCGCUCCACCGGAUCGGUAACAUCUUUAUUUCGCAGUACUAAUUCGUUUUGGUACUGAAAUAUUUUUAGCCAUUGCCGAUUAUAAUUUGGUUGCCAUUUGCCGUUCACAGUUUACAUGGGCAAAUCACCUCGCCGUAGCCCUCGAUUAAAUAGUGACACAAUGGACGUUAAUAAUCCAGCAUCGACUCCCGCCACGUCGAAUACCGCAGUUAAGAAAUCUACUUCACAAAAUGAUACCGUCACUGCCACCAUUGUCGCAGGCACAGCCAGUGCCCCUUCAGUUGCUCCUACCUCUACUGGAACAGUUAGCCGUAACUCUUCCACGCCAUCCACGCCAGGAGCAUCAACGCCUAUUUCACGUCAGGAAGCCAUAAUGCAAGCCAUGCAAAAGCGUAUUGCCAUGUUGGAGAAUAGCCUGAAAGCAGCUGAAGUGAAGCUAAAGGAACAUGAGUCCCACAUUGAGACUGUCAAUGCUUCUGGCAGUGCUUAUAUCGCCGGGAUGUCAGCUCCUCAAUUACCUCAAAUACAACAAGUUGUACCGCUCCCAGAUUUACAGUUGCCGCCAAAUACCGGUACAAACUCACAGCCGUUAGCCUCUCUAACAGAUAGCCGCCAAUUACCAAUAUCUUUUGCAACGACCACACAGAACAUGUACACAAAUUCUGACAUUCAUCAGAGUGACAAUCUAUCAGUGAAUUCCAAUAUUCCCAUUAAUGCCAACAUGGGCUCUGUAGCCACACACUCGUCCUACUUACCUAGACAAAUGCAAGCCUUGCCGGAUUUCUGUGGGAAAGCAGAAGAUUGGCCGAUGUUUUACACUGCUUUCACAGAAUCCACCGCAGUCUAUGGGUAUAGUAAUUUUGAAAACAAUCAACGGCUACACAAGUGUUUGAAAGGUGAAGCUCGCGAAACUGUGAAGUCUUUGCUUAUACACCCAAGCAACGUCAAUAAUAUUAUCGAACAACUGAAAUUUAAAUUUGGUCGCCCUGAACAGUUGAUUCGUUGCCAGCUAGCUCAAGUAAAGGAGAUUGCACCUAUUACAGAGAGUGGUGUCUUGAAAUUAGUGUCAUUUGCUACAAAGGUUAAUAAUAUAUGCAUUUUCUUACAGUCAGCUAACGGAGGAGAUCAACAUAUCGCCAACCCUACACUACUCGAUGAUCUCGUCAUGAAAUUGCCGAUGAGUAAACGAAUUGAAUGGGCUACUUAUGCAGCAUCCAUACGGCCGUAUGCUACAAUAGUACAGUUUAGUCAAUGGCUCACGAGAUUAGCCAAUGUUAUCUCCUCAGUUAAUGAUGUCGAAUUAAUACGCGAUCCCAAACGCCGUGUCGUGUUGCAUGCCGCCGAGUCACAACGUCGGCAGAGCUGCCCCAUAUGCUGUGGCCCUCAUAAGACAGCGGAGUGCAAUAAAUUUAUUGAAUUCACAGUGCCGAGAAGAUGGACCGAGACGAAGAAUCUUCGCCUAUGUUUCUCAUGUCUCAAUGCUGGCCAUGGAACUCGCACUUGCCAACGUCGGAAGCCAUGUUCUACCGAAGGAUGCAGAAGAAUACACCAUAAGUUGCUCCAUGAAAUAGCACCGCUUUCCACAGUUACUCAACGGUCAUCACAAGAGGAAAGGCAGAGUGGAGAGGAAUCAGUUCUUAGCUGUAGUACCGGCUUUAACAAUAAAAAGCUGUUAUUUAGAAUUUUGCCAGUCGUGUUAUAUGCAAACCAUAAGCGCGUUGAAACGUAUGCGUUGUUAGAUGAAGGCUCAUCGAUUACAAUGGUCGACAAUGCUCUUCUACAGGAUUUGGAUUUACGUGGUCGUGAACAAAGUUUAAGGUUGCAAUGGUUUGGAGGUCGAGCUGCGCAAGAACCAGCCGUGGUAGUAGACAUGUUUAUUAGCGGUGCCAAUAUGCAAAAACGCCACAAAUUGAGGAACGUAUAUGGAGUAUCGAAUUUACAGUUGCCGUCGCAAAGUUUAAGUAGAGCUGAGUUGAGUUGUGGUGAUGCAUAUUUACGAAAGCUGCCAGUACAAACAUACUCGCAUAUCCGGCCUAGGUUGUUGAUUGGUCUGGACCAUGCCCAUCUCGGUUUACCAUCGUUUACAAUGAAGAUGAACAGAAACGGCCCGUUCGCAGCCAAUACCGCGCUUGGAUGGGUGGUUUUCGGUCCCACAAUCAACGAACAGCAGUCUUCGCAGUUAUGUUUGCUAAUGAAUAACAAGAGGGACAAUUCUUUACAUAAGUUGGUGGCGGACUAUUUCGACACCGAAAGUUUCGGAGUCAGGUCAUCACCUCCAAUUGAAAGCAACGUUGACGUUCUUGCGAGAACAAUUCUGGAGAAAACUUCACGCUGCAUUAAUGGAAGAUUUCAGAUAGGCCUUCUUUGGAAGCACGAAAAUGUUAAGCUUCCGAAUAGUUAUUGCAUGGCGUUGAGAAGGCUGAAGAGUAUAGAAAACAAGAUGCUUCGAAAUGUUGAGUUUGCUGCCGAAUACAAACGCAUCAUAGAGUACUAUAUAGCCAAGGGUUAUGCCCGGAAGUUAUCAGCAACAAAAGCUGACUUGAGUUCACCGAGAACGUGGUACCUACCACACUUUGCCGUAUCUAACCCUACGGGUAAACUACGUUUGGUUUUUGAUGCUGCUGCUGAAGUCCAAGGUGUCUCGUUAAAGAACGCAUUCGGGCACAUCCCAAGCGCUUACAGUGCCAAGCAGGCCGCUUUACCAUUUCACGAUCAUGUUAUCGGUUUGUACAAAGCGACUCAAAGAAUAUGCAGUCUGAUGGAUAAAGUGAUACCUGCAUCGUCACGAGAAAAUGUGCAUGUGUAUUUAAAUGAUCU